AUGCACAGUAGUACUAAUUCCCGAGUCCCGACCUCGUUCUGGUGUUCCCUAUUCCCCUUAGAGUUAUCAUGCUCUAUCUCCCUCUCGCUCUCUGUCUGCAGCUUGCCUAACCCAGGCAUCACGGGGCACGAGUCCCGCCGCUUAAUUGGAAACCCAAUCGACAAUCGGCGUCAAUCGUUGUCCUCUCCGACGCUGGCGUACUCAGACCGACGAACCACAAAUCCAGCACCGCAACAUCUCCGUCGACCCCAACGCAGCGUCCUAUCCGUCAACCCAAUGCGCCUGGGCCCCAACACCGACGCCGGUGCAGCUUCCCCGACCCAGCAGCCCAUAACAUUGUCGGUUUUAGCUUCCCCCCGCCUGCCAGAAGUUAUAUUUUAUUUUGGUGGGACGAGCCCAGCGUCUAGAGGCCAGAGUAGAGGGGUAGAUAAAGACUAA